AUGAUUAAACCAACGUCAUCCCCUUGCGGAGAUAAAAGUGUUUCUUCUAUCACUACCCAUUAUUCGAUAGGUCAAUUAAUUAAUAUUGAAUGGGAAGUUAAUAAUGCUUGCGAAAAACAAUUUUACGUUGAUUUAUCGAUUAUCGGUAAAGAUUCCAACUUUAAAACCAUUGGAAUUCUUUUAAAUCGUGCGGAUAAUGUAGGGGAGAUUUCACAAGCAAAUAUAAAACUACCAGAAAACGUGGAGUGUGAUAAUUGCACCUUACGUCUAAGAUGUGCUGAAAAUUCGUCCUGUGCCAGCAUUCGUAUCUCUAAUAGAAGUCACAUAGAUACAAAAGGCUCAUACGCGCGUUCUGGAAACGUUAGAUAUGAUAAACGUAAUUACGACUUUCAACAUGGAAUGUCUAUGCGUAAUCCUAACUCUAAUAUUGGUGACGAAAUCGGAUUAUAUAAAAAAUAUGAGAAGCGCAAUCUUAACGGUGAAAUUGGAUUAUACAAGAAGCCCAAUACUGGAUCCAAUCCUAACAACAAGGAGAUUAAAUUAGAUGCUAGCAACCUUAGGUAUAAAAAGCGCAAUCCCGAUUCUGAUCUUGAUGGUGAGGUCGGAUUAGAUGCUGGCGAUCUCGAGCAUAAGAAGCGCAACCCUGGCAAUGAAGUCGGAUUAGGGGAUCAUGGCUCUGGGUACACGGGUCGUAAUUCUGGUUCUGAUAUUGACGAUAGGGCCGGAUUAGAUUAUAACGAACCUGGAUACACGAAUCGCAAUCCUGGUGGAAGUAGGGUCGGAUCAGGUGAUAGCAGUCCUGAGUCCACGAGUCGUAAUCCUGAUUAUGCUACUGGCAAUAGGGUUGGGUAUAAGAAGCGUAAUCUUGAUUCUGACCUUGAUGGUAGGGUUGGAUUAGAUAUUAGUAGUCUCGGGUAUAAAAGGCGCGAUCCUACCUCUGAUCUUGAUGAUGAGGUUGGAUUAGAAGAAAGUGGUCUCGGGUUCAAAAAGCGCAAUUUUGGUUCUAGCCUUGACAGCAGAAUCGGGUGGAAAAUUGGUAGACUUGGGUAUAAGAAGCGUAGUCCUACCUCUGAUCUUGGUGAUGAGAUUGGAUUAGAAGAAAUUGGUCUCGGGUUCAAAAAGCGCAAUUCUGAUUAUAGCCUUGACGGCGGAAUCGGGUGGAAAAUUGGUGGACUUGGGUAUAAGAAGCGUAGUCCUACCUCUGAUCUUGGCGAUGAGAUUGGAUUAGAAGAAAGUGGUCUCGGGUUCAAAAAGCGCAAUUCUGGUUCUAGCCUUGACAAUGGAAUCGGGCGGAAAAUAGGUAGACUUAGGUAUAAGAAGCGUGGUCCUACCUCUGAUGAGAUUGGAUUAGAAGAAAGUGGUCUCGGGUUCAAAAAGCGCAAUUCUGGUUCUAGACUUGACAGUGGAAUCGGGUGGAAAAUUGAUAGACUUGGGUAUAAGAAGCAUAGCCCUACCUCUGAUCUUGGAGAUGAGAUUGGAUUAGAAGAAAGUGGUCUUGGGUUCAAAAAGCGCAAUUCUGGUUCUAGCCUUGACAGCGGAAUCGGGUGGAAAAUUGGUGGACUUGGGUAUAAGAAGCGUAGUCCUACCUCUGAUCUUGGUGAUGAGAUUGGAUUAGAAGAAAGUGGUCUCGGGUUCAAAAAGCGCAAUUCUGAUUCUAGCCUUGACAGCGGAAUCGGGUGGGAAAUUUAUGGACUUGGGUAUAAGAAGCGUAGUCCUAAUUCAAGAUUUGAUUAUGGACUCGAAUCAUAA